GUCAUGUGGGAGGGAUAGAAAGCAUCUGAAUGGGCAUCAGUGACCGAUCCCGAGUCAGUGCAGCUGCCGUCCAGCCUGCUCACAUCCUCGUACCGUCGCACUGGUUUUUCAUUCAUGAGGAGCUGCGAGUGAGCCACCUGCAACCUGAAUCCUCUCUGCCGUCCACAGCGUAGCGUCCACGGGACUCCUCUCUCUGUGCUGCGAUGGAGGUGAAACCACUCUGAAAAGUAACUCGGACCGGAGGCCACGUCUGCCUGGGUCGGUGGAGGCUGUAGACAGAUCGCUUGACUGAGGCGAGACUGAGAAGAGGAAGCCGGCAGCUCGGGACUGGAGCCAGUGACCUGCAGGAGGAGAGGAACGCCGUGGAGGCUUGAUUAAAAUGGGGCUGCAGGUUCCCUUGCCGGCUGUCUGUGUGUGUGAUGGCUGCUGGCUGAGCCCACAGCCAUGCCAGACGUAAAGCCUCCACCGCCAUGUGACUACCCCUCCACCUCCUCCACCUCAGCCUCUGCCGGCUCUCCCGCUGGCUGCGUCUCCCUCCUCACCCCCACCAUGGACCUGGAGCCCUGCAUUGCCAACCUCCCCCUGUCCCCCGACCCGCUGUCCUCCUUCCCCCAACAUAGACACGGUCUCCCCCACUACCCUGCCUUCCCGCUAAUGUCCAGGUGUAACAGCAGCACCCUGCUCACCAACUUGGGGCUGAGGUACUGCUCCAGCAGGCAGGCGCCUCAAGGCCUGGCACCAGGACAGGGGCAGGACCUAGGCUCCUGCACCCACACUGGAAGCACAGGUAGGAGACCUUACAGGAGCAUGGAGAACCUCAACUGGAACACUGUGGCUGAUCCUGGCCUGCAUGCAUUCAGCGCUGGCCCCUACAGGAGCGUGGACAGUGAGUUUGUGUUCCACUGUACUGCUACUAGCUGGUAUGACGGGCCUCCGGAUGGAUCCGGGGUCGGGCUUUACGGAGUUGUUCCCAAUCCGGAGAGCCUUGCCUUCUUCCCUCGUCGGGGGAUACCCAGGAAGGACUUACCGCUCUUCCCUCAGUGGCAAUUCCCCAGCGGUGUGGACGAAUGGGAUGCCAGGAAGGGUCUGAGGGAGAAGCUCCGCCUCCAGAGUGCCAGGUCAGCAGCCGAGUUUCCCAAAUCCCUCCCACUGCGACCUCAGGUGACCCCUGGCGCCCCACCCAUCAAGGGGUCUUGCGAUCGGGAGGGCAUGCCUCAUUUGAAUCCUGGGUGUAGGCCACUGUGUGCGCUGCGCAUCAGCAGCCACGAGGAGAUCAAGCAGGAGGUCCUGAGGCGCUUGCAGCUCAGGCGACAGAACAGCAGCCCCAACCUGGCUCUCCGCAGCUCCCCAGACAGCCCACAAGUGGUUAAGACUUCCUACACCACAGAUAAUAUUGCCAGUAAACAAAGCGGGCCAGAUUCAGUGUCUGAGCGCCGCAGAACUCCAAUGGGACGCCUGCACAUCCCCACCUUCGAGGAGUUUAAGAGGAUGCGGCAGAGGGAGGGUGCCACAGUGGGAUCUGUGGUGUCUGACAAGACUGAGGCUGACAGGCCGCAGGAUGCAGCCGGGUCGGACGGUAAGACACCUCCCUCUUCUCUGACUGACUCUCAGGCUUGCUGUAGUGGAGGAGAAAGAGAGGAGAGGGGGAGCAUGGAAGAUGCAGACGAAGGAGAAGGAGGAGGAGAAACUUCAGGCAGUGGAGAAGCUGCAUCAGGCAGUGAGAGCCCGCAGACUGCCACCGCUGAGAAACCUCCCUGCAGCACAGGUAGCAGUAACGGGAGCGGACUCCCCGUCUCCUCCACGUCCUCGGUCUCCUCUCCCUCCUCCACGUCCUCUCCCAUCCGCACGGGCCCAGCUCCUCGCUCGCCCCUGGCCGGCGGAGAAGAUGGAGGUGGCAGGCCGAGGAGGAGCAGCCUGGAGCCGGCCAGUUCAGUGCCCUUCCCUCCCAGCAGGGAAAAGCCCUGGGAGCGGCCCUCCAGCUGCUGCCCCGCCCUCCUGCUGGAGGGGACGGACCUGUCCAGCUACGGAGCCAAGAUCUACAAGAUGAAGGACGGCCUCAUCGGCUCGGCGCUGGACCUCAUCAAGAAGAGCUGCAGUGCAGAGAUCUCAGCCGAGGCCCCCGUCAGGCUGUCAGGUGACCAGGACGGAGGCUCUGACAUCACUGCUCCCCCGGCCGACUGUCAAUCCUCCCCCGUUGCCAUGGCAACGUCGGCAACGGCCUGCAGAGCAGAGGCUGGAGACGAGACGCCUGCAGGAGGAGGAAGAGAGGAAGCAGCAGAAUGCCAGCACUCAGGGCUGGGCUGCAGGCGCUCCAGCUCGGACGCAGCCUAUGAGCUGGCUGAGACAGUGAGGGCGCAGCGCGAGUGCCGCCUCCGCCCCCACUACAGCGACCCCAUGCCAGCCGACGCUGCCAAGCGCAAACAGCUGGAGAUGAAGAUCGCUGCUGCUGCCCGACUCCACAGCCAGCGCAGAGACCGAGACAGAGACCGAGACCGGGACAGAGACCGGGACAGUGCCCCAGCGGCAAUACGUGGUCGCUCAGAGCCCCGGGGUGAGGAGCGCCAGGUGGGUCUGGGUGUGACUCGGUCUGGGCAGCACCGCUGGAGCACUGUCAGCAGCCUGAGUGCUGACAGCGGUGUGGUUGGCCUCAGCGAUGAGCGGGAGGAGGAGGACAGCGAGCCUCACCGUCACCACCGCAGCAGGGGAGCCGAGGUUGAACGGGUGGACAGUGGGAUUGGACCGGGCCUGGCCCGUGGCUGGAAGAGACCCUCUGCCUCACUCCGAGCCUGGGAGGCCCAGAGACCCUGUCCGGACUGCGGUCAGAGGGACGGGGCCUCCAAGGAGCGAAGCGAGGCCAUGUGCGAUCGCUGCUCCAAGCUCCGCACCGAGCGGAAAGAGGCCAUCCUGGAGUUUCUGAACACUGAGUCGAGCUACGGCGAGGACCUGCGGAUCAUCAAGGAGGAGUUUUACUGCCCCAUGCAGAGCGCCGGGCUGCUGACAGCCGAGCAGCUCACCGUGGUGUUCGGCAACGUUCAGGAGCUGAUAGAUGUGAAUGACCGCUUCACUGAACACCUUCAGGACAGCAUCGACCAGGCCUUUGACCAGGGAGAUGAGGAUCUGUUGACAGUGUGCAUCGGAGAGAUCUUCCUGGAGUUUGUCAACAUGCUGCCUGCCUUUCAGACGUACUGCCUGCAGCAGUCCACCUCCGUCAACAUGCUCAACACACUGGAGAAGGAGAAGGAGCUGCUCAGAAUCUUCCUCGAUGUGUCCCAGAAUGACAACACGGCGUUGCGUCGCAUGAACUUGCGCUCUUUCCUCAUGGCGCCCCUCCAGCGUGUCACCAAGUACCCCCUCCUGCUGAGCCGCAUCAGCAAGGCCACCACCGAAUGUCAUCCGGACCACGCGCGUCUCCGUGAGGCCAAGAGUCGCGUGGAGUCCCACCUGGAGCACAUCAACAUGAAGACCAAGCAGGAGGGCACCAGUGUCACCUGGUCCCUCCGCUCUUUCCGCCGUGACAGCCGCAAGAACCGGGAGGUCAUCAACAUCGAGAUGCGUGAGGUUUCGAUGAAGACAGUAGGCUGGGCCAGGGAAAAUACGCGCUUCGUCAUGGAAGGACCACUUCAGUUGUCCCAACCAGCGGACGGCCAGUGGGUGAAGAAGGGCAGCAGGGCCCUCAAGUUCCAAAACGUCCAGAGUCUGCUGAUGGUGAGGACACAGCGGGCUGGGGAAGGCCCGGGACAGGGGACGGACCUGGGGGCUCGGGGGGAUCCAGGGGAGGGUGGCGGCGAGAGCAUCCGAGAUGGAGUACUGGUUCUAAUCAAGGACAAGAGCAGUGGGAAGUUCACGGUGCUGAGGGAACCCAUCCGACUGGCGAACUGUGUGGUGUCGGCAGACCCGGACUGCGAGGACACUUUCGAAGUGCUUGAUAUUCGGCGGGAAUCCUUUGUUUUCCGGGCCUCGGACAAAUCUCGCACCCAGCAGUGGUUCCGUCAGAUCAAGAGAUACGCCCGAGACUUGGGCCCCUGGAGGAAAAGACGCAACGCCUUGCCCAAUAUUAUGAUCAACACUAACCAGACCCGCUCCUGAGACUAACUUCCUCCUCUAUUGUUGGAUAUACCACUGUAAAUAUCCCCAGUAGGUCUACCGCAAAAAUGAACCGACAACAUGAAACUUUUCCGAGUGACAUCACCAAUGGCUUUUCAGAUUUCAUUAAGGGUCAAAUUGUGAUAAAAAGAAUAUAUAGCACUUUUUGGUUUUUUUACAAAACUACUACUAAGUGCACCAUAGUGUCACAAAAUGAUGUAUGAAGAUAUAAUUUAAAUCUGUCAACAUUAAAAAAAAUAAAAUAAAAAAAGCUAUCAGACACUUGGACAACCAAAAAAAAAAAAAAAAAAAAAACUUGGGGUGGUAGUGCUUUGCCAGCCUUGAUUGUAAUGACUGUUUACUCUUGGAGGAGGAGAGCCGUGUUUUCAGUAUACUAAACAAGGUGUUUGUGUUGAAAAGCAUGACUAAAAUAUGACUGACCGCAAAAAAAAAAAAAAAAACUUCAAGAACUGUAAUGUCAUUUUUAUAAGAUGCACAAAAGAGUGGCAAAUUAUUUCUUAUUUCAUGGCAGCGGGGAAGAUACGGACCAGACCUUUUGUUCAGUGGUUUCUGUUUGGUGAACUCAGUCACUGCCCUCUCCUAUCUGUCUGCCUCCCUCUACCGUAUGUUGGUGGCAGAGCAACUUACACUGCCGGAGAAGCAGUUUUUUGCAGGGCCUCUCAAACAGGCUCAUCACGGGACGGACCUCCAGUAUCACUGUGUUUAGGCAAAGUCACAUAACAGCAAUAAUCUCUGCCAACUUCAGAGAUGACAGUAGCUAUAUAUAUAUAUAUAUAUUAAUAUGUAUAUUCCCCAGCAUUUCCUUUGGAUUUCUGAAGAUUAUAAGGGUCUUUAUCCUACUUGGAUGGGAGCUACAUUGUUUAAAUCCAGCCAAGGUCACAAACCAGGUCUCGUUUGCCAGUAUCAUUAUCGCUGGGUGGACUUGGCUUCCCAGUAGCAUCUUAACACAAAGUUUAUUCCACAGAGAAUCAGUGGAAUUACAACGAGCUUAAUGCCAUGAACCUGUGGGGAAUUCCAACCUCCAUUACACCGUAACAUGAUGAUAAACUGAUGAAAUCAAACACAAACGUACACUCUCCUUGUCUCCUUGUGUAUUUAGUGGUUGAGGAGUGAGGAACCCCGCUCGAACCGUCUCAACCACCCCACAUGCUGUCACACAGUUUCCGCUGUGUGCUAAUAAGUGACAGUGAUGAGCUUUUGUGCCUUGGUAUUUGAUUACUCUUAUGCUAAAUUGACUAAAGUAUUUGUAGCUUGUCACGGUGGCAUUUACCUUCGAGACCCGGAAUAGACUGCCCUCUGUCGCCAUCUUGUGGAAUGGAGAUCAACUUACAGGCAAUAUUAAUCAUUCCACCUUCAGUACCAGGCUGCUAGUGCAGAAUCACAUGGUUUAUCUGACCCCUAUCUUAUCUGUUGAGUGUUUUUACUAUUCCGCAGUGUGUUUUUAUUUAUGAAGGCUCUUUUUUUCUUUUUUCUUUGGAUGCACUUUAUCCUGAUGAUUUAUGUCUAGAUCCAGUGAAUGGUGAUAGAGCACUCUCCGGUCAAACCGCUGUUAGAAAAAUGUAUUAUGUUGUCUCGUUUAUUCAACUGAACAUAGCUGACCACAGCUGGCAAUAGUUGGCCUACUCAUCAAAACCAAAACUGCUGUUUAAUAACCAUGCUCUUAUGUUUCUGUCAUGGAGUAGCACUGCUGAAAAAAAACAAAAAAAAACAAAAA